CUUAUAAAAGAUGAUAAUCCCUUUCCUCAUUUGCACCAUCCAUCACAAGCAGAAUCAGUAACAACAGGAGGACUAUCACAGGAAGAAUCAGCAGCAUCACGAGCAGAAUCAUCAGCUUUAGGAAAAGCAGCUCAGCCAGAAACAGCAGCAUCAGUAGGAGCAGUACAAGCAGCAUCAGGAGCAACAGCACAGUCGGAAUCAGGAGGAGCAGCACAAGCAGCAACAGGAGAAGCAGUACAGUCAGAAUCAGCAGCUUCCAGAGGAACAUCACAAUCAGAAUCAGUAGCAUCACAAGCAGAAUCAUCAGCAUUAGGAAAAGAAGCACAGUCAGCAUCAUCAGGAGCAUCACAAGCAGAAUCAUCAGCAAAACAUGCAGAAUUGGCACUAUCAGGAGGAACAUCACAACCAGAAUCAGUAGCAUCACAAGCAGAAUCAGAAGCAUCAGGAGGAACAUCACGACCAGAAUCAGUAGCAUCACAAGCAGAAUCAACAGCAUCAAGAGAAGCAUUACAAACAGAAUCAGCAGAAUCAGAAGUAGAAUCAGUAGCAUCACAAGCAGAAUCAGCAGGAUCUCAAGCAGAAUCAGCAGCAUCAGGAGGAUCAUCACAAGCAGAAUCAGUAGCAUCACAUGCAGAAUUAGCAGCAUCACAAGCAGAAUCAGCACCAUCACAUGCAGACUUAGCAGCAACACAAGCAGAGUCAGUAACAUCAGGAGGAACAUCACGACCAGAAUCAGUAGCAUCACAAGCAGAAUCAACAGCAUCAAGAGAAGCAUUACAAACAGAAUCAGCAGAAUCAGAAGUAGAAUCAGUUGCAUCACAAGCAGAAUCAGCAGGAUCUCAAGCAGAAUCAGCAGCAUCAGGAGGAUCAUCACAAGCAGAAUCAGUAACAUCACAUGCAGAAUUAGCAGUAUCACAGGCAGAAUCAGCAGCAUCACAAGCAGAAUUGUCAGCAUCAGGAGGAACAUCACAAGCAGAAUCAGUAGCAUUACAAGCAGAAUUAUCAGCAUUAGGAGGAGCAGCACAGUCAGAAUCAGCAGCAUCAGUAGGAACAUCACAAACAGAAUCAGUUGCAUCACAAGCAGAAUCAGCAGCUUUAGGAGGAGCAGCACAGUCAGAAUCAGCAGAAUCAGGAGGAGCAUCACAAUCAGAAUCAGUAGCAUCACAAGCAGAAUCACUAGAAUUAGGAGGAGCAGCACAGUCAGAAUCAGCCGAAUCAGGAGGAGCAUCACAAGCAGAAUCAACAACAUCAAGAGAAGCAUUACAAACAGAAUCAGCAGGAUCAGAAGCAGAAUCACUAGCAUCACAAGCAGAAUCAGCAGGAUCACAAGCAGAAUCAGCAGCAUCAGGAGGAUCAUCACAAGCAGAACCAGCAGCAACACUUGAAGAAUUGGCAGGAUCAGGAGGAAUAUCACAAACAGAAUCAACAACAUCAAGAGAAGCAUUACAAACAGAAUCAGCAGGAUCAGAAGCAGAAUCACUAGCAUCACAAGCAGAAUCAGCAGCAUCAGGAGGAUCAUCACAAGCAGAAUCGGUAGCAUCACAUGCAGAAUCAGUAGCAUCACAAGCAGAAUCAGCAGCAUCACAAGCAGAAUCAGCAUCAUCACAUGCAGAGACAGCAGCAUCAGGAGGAACACCACAAGCAGAUUCAGUAGAAUCACAUGCAGACUUAGCAGCAUCACAAGCAGAGUCAGCUGUAUCACAAGCAGAAUAUGCAUUAUCAAGAGGAGCAUUACAAAAAGAAUCAGAAGCAUCACUGGGAGUAUUAGCAGGAUCAGCAGGAGCAACUGGACUUACAGGAUUACUGGCAGGAUCAGGGCUUGUUACAGGAGAAAAAUCUGCUAUUUUUGGAUCACAUAGGCACAGACAAUUACAGACAGAAGCAGUAGAGAUGAGAGACAUAUUUCCACAGACAGAGAGGUCACGGACCAAGAAGACAGAAAGAGAACAGCUUCUACUAAUGCCAGAUUCAUCUGAAAACACAGAUACGUGUGUAACAGGAAAGAUAAUCCCUGAGCAAAUGACUGAAGACUCUACAUCUAAUGACUCAGUAAAAGGAGAACACAAGGAAACCACAGGAGUCAGACCAGAUCAACACCUACAACAGGAAAAGAUUGGAAGAGAAAAAAUAAAGCAUUUAUUUCACAAACUUCAUCUUGAAGGCAAGCGCUGCAAUAAACUGAUAACUUCAGAUGUCCUUCAGAUAACUGAACAUUCUUUACAGUUCCAUGAGUCUUGUGCUGAGGAGGAGCUGGUUCAGACUUUCCUACAAAAAGUACUCAUGAUGAACUACAGAGCAAGAUACAUUCAUGUUAAUAAGACAAGUCAACAGGAUCACACACAAGAAACACAUAUUGACUUAUCUGAAGAUAAUGUUGAUAUAUUCAAGGCAGUGUCCUUGUCAGACAAAGGAACAAUGCAGCCUGAGCACAUUCACCCAAUGGAUGUUCAGAUGGCCGUGUUUCACUGUGCUGAUGGUUUCCUGAAGCAGAUGAUGGUGACUAAACUGUCCCAGUGUCAGUACGCUUUGCCUCUGCUUGUUCCUGAUCCAUUCACUCAACAGACUGAGUUUCCUCUCUGGACAUUCAGACAAAUCAACAAGAGCUGGAAGAUGAGAAGCAUCAACAAUGAAAUCAUCAGUCAAACCCAGCCCAUCUACAAGGCAGAAACUCCAAUGGUGUUUUUCUUCAGGUUUGGCUCUGUGUCUUCAUCCAAGUCUCAGCUGAUGAACAGUCUGAUCAAUGAGAAACACAACACGUUCUUCCACAGGAACUGCCCAGGCAGCAGCAGAACCAGAGUCUUGUUGGAUGGAGUGGUGGAGAUCGCCUGGUUCUGCCCUUCUGGGAAAAACACAGAUAAAUUCACUGAGUGUGUAGCAUUCUGUAAUCUACAUGGUGAUGCAGGAGACCAUGAGAAAAAGCUGCAGAUCCUAACUGAAAUUAGCUCAGUCAAUGUUGUUCUUCUUCCACAACUUGACAGGAAUGACAGACAUGCAGCAAAGAUCCAAAACCUGUACAAAGGCAGAAAGCCCCUCAUUUGUAUUUUUACAAAGGAUGAAUCUACUGUAACAGAGAUGAUGAAAGGGAAAUACAAAAUUGGUUUGAAAAACAGAAGUCAGUCAGAUGUAUCUGAAGAACUCAGAAGAAUUAUAAAUGAUUGUGUCUCAGAAUCGUCUCACACUUUCAGACUUGAAGAUGUGUCCAAACACCCAGAUGUCAGAGUAGAUGAAGAAGAUGAUGAUGACUGCAGGAGAGGAAGAGAAGCAGCACAGCAGAUGAUGAGUUUACUGGAGAAGAGGGAUCUGAGAGAAAUCAAAGACUCAUUUCUGCCUCAUCAGGGGAAACUGUGGCAUCAGUGGAGUCAGAAGAACAGAGAACUACAUCGCCCUCGAACAGAAGAGAUAGAAAUAUACAUCAGUAGAAAACAAACAGAAAUGAUGAAUAUUCGUCAACAGCAGCAUUCAUUUAAAAUCAGUGACUUCAUUAAGUUCCUCACUAAAAAAAUGAACUCAGAUGCUGAACACGAGAAGAUGUUUUUCCUUAAAUGGCUCAGAAUCCUCUUGGAUGAAUAUACUUCAGCUGACCUUUCUGCUCUACAUCACAAAUAUGAUGAAACAUGGUCAAAAGCUAUAAAACUGAAAAAGAAACAUGGUAAAUCUGAACAACGCAAAGCUGAACAAAAAGACCUUGAGAAAAUAUCCGAGGAGCUUCAAGCUGUGACCUUUGGUUUGGAGCACAUCAUGAGAGAAAUCGCUCAGAUCUAUGAAUCAUGUUCAUUUGUUAAUGAGAACAAGAAAGACCUCCAGGUUAACUUCUCUUCUCUCCCAACUCUUGCAGCAGAGAUGAUGAUCUCUGGAUCUCCACUGGAGCUGAUGGAUGGAGAUGCUGCUCAUGUUCCUGUGAUCUGGAUCUCUGCUGUUCUAGAUGAACUCGUCCAGAAACUGGGAGACCAGAGAGUCUUUGUGCUGUCAGUUUUAGGGCUUCGAGGCUCUGGGAAAUCCACCAUGCUGAACGCCAUGUUUGGACUGCAGUCUGCCGUCAGUGCUGGCAGGUGCACCAGAGGAGCCUUCAUGCAGCUGAUCAGAGUCUCAGACGAGAUGAAAACACAGAUGAACACUGACUAUAUUCUGGUUGUUGAAACAGAGGGCCUUCAUGCUCGAGAACUGGCUGGAAGAUCAACAAAAGAUCAUGACAAUGAAUUGGCAACAUUUGUUGUUGGUCUUGGAAAUCUGACUCUGAUCAACAUCUUUGGAGAAAACCCUUCUGAGAUGCAGGACAUUCUUCAGAUUGUUGUUCAGGCUUUCCUGAGGAUGAAGAAGGUCAGACUGAAUCCCAGCUGUGUGUUUGUGCAUCAGAACAUUCCAGAUGUCAGAACUGGAGGGAGAAACAUGGAGGGAAGGAGACGACUGCAGGAGACACUGGAUGAGAUGACAAACCUCGCUGCUAAAGAUGAAGACUCUGAUGCAGAAUGUUUCAGUGAUGUCAUUAGAUUUGAUGUUCAGAAUGAUGUGAAGUAUUUCACUCCACUCUGGGAGGGAAACACACUAAUUGCUCCUCCAAACCCUAACUACUGUGAGAACAUUCAAUCUUCCCAGAGAGACAUAUUUCCACAGACAGAGAGGUCACGGACCAAGAAGACAGAAAGAGAACAGCUUCUACUAAUGCCAGGUAAAAUAAUAAAAAAUAAUAAUAUAGCUGCCAACAGCGAUGGCGGGCCCAAACCAGCAGUGCAAAUGCCACCCUAG